AAACUUGGAGGAAACUCACCUGUCUGGUUGGAAAAGACGAGCAGUGGCAGGAGAAACUAAGGGCUAAAGAGAGAAACUUUCCCACGGGCUGUCAGCUCUCACAGUUGCCGCCGGGUUAAUUUUUUUGUUUGUUUGUUUUUGAGGAACUGUCGCUUUUUUUUUAACUUCAGCUGGGACAUUUAUGGACCCGAAAACCGAGUUGUUUCACUAUCAAAUACCAUAACCAAUAGAUACUUCCGGGGUAGGGAAUACAGCUAGGCCAUCUGUAAUAACUCCCGUUUAGUAAGUGGGCAUGGACACUGAGCUGCAGCCAAUUUCGAGGAAUGGGAACGAUGGAGCUUCAUGUUCUUCUAAUGUACGGGUGACAGCAGGUAAUGGAGAUGGUGUGGCCUACGGGACCUCCGAGGCGACAGAAGGAGACAGGUUGCUUUCUGUACAGGUUAAUGGCAAUAACGGGGAGGCAGGGCUCUCAAGCCAUACAGCAGAAGCUCAAAGGAAUCCGGGAAAUACACUCACUCCUCAAGAGACUGGCUCCAUACACAGGAUAAGGAGAGAGCUCCAAGAGAAAGUCUGCUGGAAAGUCAGGCUAUGGAUGGUCAUUGCCUUCAUUUUUCUCCUCAUCAUUGUUGUGAUAAUUAUUUCACUGGCAGUGUGCUCAGCGAUCCAUGAGGAUGUGGAUGAGAAGUUUGACUCUUCGUUGUUCAAAGUUCCUCGAUAUUUCAAUGGGAGCUUCCAACUGCCCAGUUUGAUCUUUACGGAGGACCUUCUCGACUUUUCCUCCAAUAAAAGCCAAGAAUAUACUGCUGAUCUUCAAAAAAAGAUGGCUGACAUCUACACAUACUCCCCUGCUCUGGGGCGAUACUUCUCCAAAGCUGAGAUACAUGCUUUCCGGAACGGUUCAGUCGUUGCCAACUACCAGCUGACAUUUCUCAUGCCUGAGGAGCAGCAGGAUGAGCUGAAAAAAUUUACUCUGAGCAGGGAGAUGGUUUACAACGUGUUCAGACAGUUCCUAUACGACCAGGAGCCGCAGAGCUCUGGGUUGAUGUAUAUUGAUCCCCUUUCCCUAAAAAUGUUUUGAACAGAGUGGUGACAAAUGUUCACAAACAGACUGGAAAACCUGAGCUUCUUGCCUUCUUUGUCUUUUAAGACACUCACCAAACACUAACCCCCCUACAGUAAUGUGGGUUUUGGUAACACUCCUUCACACUCCUGUUCCUACAAGCUUGUUGACAGUUUGCACGUCAUGCACCAUUGUGACAGGAAGUUGCACACACAGUCACACAAGACCAACGUUUGCAGGUUUGUUUGUAGUUCAUAUAGAUCAUCUCAUCAUUUGUUCCAUUUAACAGGCUUGGGAGACUGUUCUUAAUGAAAUCAGUCAACAGUGCAGUAAUUGCUGGGUAAAAUGGAGCUGAGCAGUUUAAAGUAUCAAGGCUUUGCUUAGUGUGUGAAAUACAGUUUCUCCUAUUGUAUUUGGCCUUUUUUUGUACAUUGUCAUGCCUUUUUAAAAUGCAGGUCUAUGAAUUGUAAGAGUAUUGGGAUAAAUAUCAGUACUGUAAUUAUUUAUUUUGAUUCCCUGACUAUCACUGUAGUAGUGUUUAUGUUUGCAUAUCUGUGGCAUUAUUCUGCUUCACCAAACACGAUUUGCAAAUUAAAACUGUGUACCACUGUGAAAUCAUUUGCCUAGAAAAAGACAAACGCUGUAGGAAAAUCACCUUUAGAGAAAUACACAGGGAAAUAAGCCUGCUGGAGCAGUCAUUUUGAAAGUGAAGGCUGUAAAUAUCCAUAUAAAACCAUACAUUCCCUACACAAAUAAAUUAUACUUUAUAUGCAGUAUAUCAUUAAAUGUAUGACUUUUUUUUUACA